GAAAGAGCCCCCCCCAACAUCUAUCACGUGCCUUGGCCAUCCUAUCACGUGCAAUGUGAUGCCAAGGACCCCAGUGCUCCCUGCAAGCUGCCCUGUAAGCAUAGGCUACUGUGCUGAACCUAACUCUUUGGAGGGGCAGUUGCUCAGGCACGCUGCUGAAGGCAAGAGCAAAAAUGCCAAGAUGCUGCUCAAAAGAGGUGUAGAUGUGGACUGCCACAAUACAGCUGGACAGACUGGUCUGUAUCUUGCUGCCCUGUUGGGACAUGCUGCUGUAGUCCAGCUAUUUCUGCGCUUUGGUGCCAACCCCAACCACCGUUGUUAUGAUGGUAGCACCCCAGUCCAUGCAGCGGCCUUCUCUGGUCACCAAAGACUUCUUGGAAGCAUCCUACAAGCUAGAGGUGAUCUAAGAUUCCAUGAUCAAAAAGGACGGACUCCUAAAGACUGGGCCCAGCAAGCUGGAAAUUAUCAGUAUCCUGAGGUCAUGGACUUCAUACAGGAGUGCUGUGAUCAAAUGGCUAUGCUGGUGCAGCGUGGGGAUCAGUCACUCUACUCAAAAGUGACUAUAGCAGCAUCACAGAGUCUGCGUUCUUCUUUCUCAUCGCUCUUAUCUGCUCCUUUCUGGUUGAAGGACAACCCCAAUAAGUUUGCAAGCACUAGAGAACCAGCCAUUGGAUAUGGGCAACUCUGCCCAAGCAGAUAUCAGCAGCCAGGGGUGGUUGCCCUCACAUACAUUGCAGACAGCAGCGAGCUGAUCAGAGGCAAUGGAGAACCAGACUGGAGUUAUCCAAAUGGACCAUACACACUCAUGAGGAACUUGCUAUGGGAUGGACAGCUUGUCACUGUGCGAUGCUUAAAGCCAGAAGUGCAUCCCAACUGUAGUAAAAUGCGAGGGACCACGGACUUGCUUCUGACCGAGCAAGAAUACUUCAGUUCCACCAUCCCCACCUGCUGCUUCUCUUGGCUGUGAGUCCAUCCCUGGACCUGCAAAAUCUCCAGCUUGUAUUC